AUGAAAGGAUUUUGGAAGCACAUAUUUUUUUUUCUCUUACUUUUUGGAAUUGUAUAUACUAAGGAAGAUAUUGGAAUUAAAAAAAAGACCCGGAAUUUUAGAAGUAAAUAUAAACACAAAAACAAAUUAAACAAGUUAAAUAAUUUAAAUAAUGAAGAACCAAAAAACUUUUUGCAACUAAAAUCGGCGCACAUAUAUAAUCCAUCCUUAGCAUAUAGAGAUUUUUUUACAAACAAUGCUAUGGGUACAUCAACGAUUUAUUAUUCUCGAUUGAUGUGGGGGGGUGUCAUAUUUUUAGUCAUGUUUUUACUUGUAAGUAGUAUAGGAGUAUAUUUAUAUGUUGACAAUUUAGAAGCCGGUUAUUCAAAAAGUAGUUAUAGGAAUAAUCCAGUUAAUUAUUAUAAUGUGAAUCCCGUUGUACCAUAUCCAUAA